AUGUUAUCAUUGGACAACAAAACAGCUUGGAUUUCUAGCUAUGACAUCAAUACGCUAAGUAAAAUAAACUUUGAUGACAAGAUAAGAACUGUAAAGGACAUAUCAGCUGAUGUUUAUGACAUGUCACUUACAGCAAGGGAAGAUAUGCUCCUGUCUUUGUAUGGCAGUACUGAUGUCAGUACUGAUGUCAGUCUGUUAACAACAAAGACAGGAGAAAUCAAACCUUUCCUGUCUCUGUCACCACUGUAUCCAGGUAGCAUACAUAUCACUAAACACAAUGAGAUUAUACUGGGUGUAAUGGAGGAGGGUAGUACUUACGACAGAACAGACAAAGGUGGUAGUAAAUUAAUAGUUUUUGGGAUGAAUGGGAAACCAAAAACAUCUUUUGAAUAUGAUAAACAUAAACAGAGAAUGUUUACUCUCCCUGAUAGAAUUGCAUCUAAUGUAAACGAUGACAUAGUGGUUAUAGAUAACAUAUCACAAUACUAUGGGAGGGUGGUGGUACUAAAUCAGGAGGGACAGAUUAAAUGGACUUACCAGGGAAAUCCUCAGGUUAAUUCAGGGGUAAAUCUAUUCUACCCUUCGGAUAUAGUUACAACAUCAGUAGGACAUGUUAUAGUGAGUGAUAUAAACCGACAUGCCUUACAUGUUCUAUCCCAUCAGGGAGCUCUACUGAUAUGUAAAGUUAUGGCGGAUCAGGGGAUUAUAUAUCCAAUGUCAUUGGAUUUUGAUACAAAUGGACAAUUAUGGGUGGGAUGUAGAUCCGAAGAUGGUGAAUCAUGUGAUGCUAAACUUCACAUUGUAAAUAUGUCUUCAUAAGUCUAUAUAUUCCUUAUCUAAAACAUUUUUUGGUGAUUCUAUGUUUCUAAUGUGAUAUCUAAAAACAAAGUCAU